CCCACAGUCUUGGCCGAAGCAGAACGGCCCCGCCCCCGACAGAAGGCACCAAUCGCUGCCCAGAACGUCCGCCGACAGUGGCUUGUGAUUGGUCGGCUUUAUUGUGACACGUUAAAAACCUUUAUCCGCCUUGGCGGCGUCUGUCGCCAGAUGCGCGAUCGAGUUGUGACAGUCGCGCGACGCGGUGAAAACUGGCUUGUUAGCGGGGAGGGGGAGGGGCUGGGCCCUGUCGUAGUCUGGACUGAAGAUUGCCAUGGGUGAUUUUGAAAAGGGUAAAAAGAUCUUUGUUCAAAAAUGUUCUCAGUGUCAUACAGCUGAAAAAGGUGGAAAGCAUAAGACCGGCCCAAAUCUUUGGGGUCUCUUUGGCCGAAAAACAGGACAAGCUGCAGGAUUUUCUUAUUCAGACGCAAACAAGAAUAAAGGUAUUGUCUGGAGUGAAAAAACACUGAUGGAAUAUUUGGAGGAUCCUAAGAAAUACAUUCCUGGGACGAAAAUGAUUUUUGCUGGCAUUAAAAAGAGUAAUGAAAGGGCAGAUCUCAUUGCAUACUUGAAAAAAGCAACCUCUUCAUGAAACAUUGCAGCCUCUGUGAUGUCCAGAUAAUUCCCAGUUGGCACCACUCUUGUGUUACAUCUGAUGUUUAUUGUCCUAGCAUUUGCUCUUUAAGACAUUACCUUCAAAAGGGCAAAUAAAAGUUGGUAUUUUCAGGUGCUCAGUCUCCUAAGAAAACAA